AAAUGUCUGGACAUUUUCUUUGUACAGUCUCUUCAUUUAAACUGGAAAAAAAUGUAUAAAGAAGACAUGCUGACAUUAAUGUAUCAUUCUGAUAUCAAAUUGAGGUGGUUAAGAUUGGUGAUGUGAUAAGACAGAUUAAGAUGUAAAUGGAGAGAAAGUGGCACAGAAAUGUAGUGAGUAAAAUGACAAUUUAGUGUAGCGGAGAAGAGGCAGAUGAGAUGAACAGACAGACAGAGAGGGAAGAGCAUUUUGAAAAAGAAAAAAGAGUGAGAGAGAGAAAGAUAUAAAGAGAGAGAUAGCCCUCACUCUGGAGGAGUGGUCUUCCCUCUCCUCUAAAGGAUUUCGAGCUGAAUUCUCCAUCUCACUCGAGACACACACACACGCACACACACCUGCUGUGGAUAUGCCGUUCACUGUUGUGCUAGAUGGACCCGCACCGUGGGGCUUUCGACUUAUUGGAGGACAGGACUUCAGCCAACCCCUCACCGUCGCCAAAAUAUCACCAGGAAGUAAAGCUUCCAGAGUCAACCUCUCUCCUGGAGACAUCAUCUUAGCGAUAGAUGGAGUUUCUGCAGAAAACAUGAUGCACUCUGAGGCUCAGAAUCUAAUCAAGGAUGCUACCUAUCAGCUCACACUUACCAUAGAGAGACCAGAGACUAAGCUGUGGUCACAUCUCACUGAACAAAACAAAAGCCAUCCAUUUAAAAUUAACCUAGAGGCAGAGAGACAAGAGUACAGACCAAUAGGAACAGGCCAUAAUCGAAAGGCUUCACCCUUUGUGGCCGCAGCCAACAUCGAUGAAACACAUCAGGUGGUGAGCCCAACCUACAACUCCCCUAUUGGCCUUUACUCUUCAGGCAAUAUUCAGGACGCCUUACAAGGGCAACUCAAGGGCCUCAUCCAUAACAAACCAGAAAGUCCCAGGAAACUUAACAAUAUAGAGGAGUCUGAAGUAUAUCGGAUGCUGCAAAGAGAUCAAGAUGAGGAUGAACCCCAUGAACCGCGACAGUCGGGAUCCUUUAAAGCAUUACAGAGCUUUAUCGACAGUGAGGGUACACGUCCACUAGUGACAAGGAAAGUCCGUGCCCCUAUGACCAAGUCAUCUGCUCCUGCGGGGAACUUGCACAAACUACCAAUGUGUGAUAAGUGUGGUAACGGCAUAAUUGGGACAGUUGUGAAGGUUCAGGAUAAGUUUCGUCAUCCGGACUGUUUUGUGUGCGCUGAAUGUGAAGAAAACCUAAAGCAGAAAGGAUACUACUUUAUAGAUGAUGAGCUAUACUGUGAAACCCACGCUCAUGCCAGGGCAAAACCUCCUGAGAGUCCAGACCUUUGACCUUCUCAUUGUUCUUUUGAUUACAUGAGGGCACAAACUACAAGUCUACUACUCAGUGCAUGAACGUCUUGUUUUAACCACAGGCACAAAGUUUUACCACAAUUCAUGCACAAUCAUGUCAACCAGAUACUGAAAGACACAUUUAUGGAUGCAUUGUUGUCAUGUGUGAUAGGAUGCAGUAUUUUGCACUUACUUUAUAGGAAUAGGAUGUGUUGACUGAAAUAUGUUUGUAUGAAUAAAGGUUUUGUUUUUGGAGAAUCAUAAUAUCUCUUAUCAGGUGUGUUUGGGCAGAAAAGGGGAGCAUUUUCCGGACACAUGAAACAUGAUGUCCAGCAAGACUCAGAACAAGUGGUUUUGUGUCUUUACAUCACUGCCGUCAUGUUUGAUGUGCCUGCAGGUCACAGGAAGAAUCUGCUGAUUCUCAAUAGGCUACGUCAAGAGCAAGCAUUUAUUAAUUUCAAUUCUGAAUUCCUUAUUUGUUCUUCAUCUGUCAUCACUUGUAAAGAAAGCUUCUUUGGAAUUUUAUUGCCACCUGAAGUGCCCUGCCUUGGUAUAGCCAAAUAUCAUAAAUAGAAACAAAUAACAUAUUGUUUAAGCUUAAAAUAAAAAAAAAUAAAAAACAUUU